AUGAAAAAAGCUAUAAAAAAGAAUUCUAGCAAGCCUAAAUCUGCUAAUUGCAAGACCAAAACCAAAUCUAGAACCAAAAAAUCAAGUCGAUCAAAACGUGUUAAUGCUCAUAUAAUUUCAAAUGAAUCAUCUUCAGACUCUAGUGAUAGCGAAAAUAGUACAUUAUCUAGUGAAAAUGAACUUGAAACCAAUACCUUGGCAC